AUGAAGCUCGCAGCUGUUCCUCUUUUCCUCCUGCUGUCGGCCUCGACGGCCCUGCCUGAGCCUUCUUCCGACAGCCAUUUGGAAAUCAAGAGGGGAGAAACGAUCGACUGCGUCAAGGGCUGCUUCCACAACGGCAUCAUCAAGCUCUUUACCUGUGUCCCUGGCUGUUUCGGCGGCGACAGCAGCAGCAGCAGCAGCAGCAGCGGCAGCAGCAGCAGCAGUGAUAAUGGGUCGUCUUGCAGUACGAAAUGCAUGGACACACUCCUAGCUAGAAUUGGCUCACUUGAAGCGGCAAAGGUCACGGAUGAGGAUGUAGAGUGGGUAACGAAUUGUGCAGCGGGCUGCCGUGGAAACACGAGGAGGACGUGA